AUGUUCGCUGGAUUAAAGAGUUUUGGAGGCAUGUCAAAGAAAGAAGAAGCAAACGUAAUCGUGAGGAAUGCGAAUAAAUCAAAUAAGAAAGCUUAUCAUGGUCCAAUUUGUAGAGAGCACAAGGAAGAAGAAGAAGUAAUUAACUUCAAAUCAUUCCAAUUAGAUUAUAAAAGUAAAAGCAUGUGCUCACCAAAAGCUCGAAUUGAUGAAAUGGAUGAAUUUGACAAUGGUCUUGUUACGGACAUCAAAAUUGAACCUGAAGUUAUUGACGAUCAAAAUUGUAUCGAGAUAGUUCCGAUGGAUGUUGAAAAUUUGCAGGAAAACCAUAAUGACUUCCAAUAUAACGACGUUAAUUCAUUCAUAUCAGAUUCAAAGCGUAGUGUCUCUUAUACUAUUGUAUCAGAAAAAUCAGAUAGCAAUAAGAUUAACGAGGCAGAUCAAGCCAUGCAGCAAUUAAUCGAGGAUGAGAAAAAUAAGAAAGGAAAAACAGCAACAGCGAAAAAAAAUAUAAUAUCCAGAAAGUUAUCGGCCAUUACAAAUUUUGUGAGAAAAAGUGUUGAUUCGAAACCUAAAAAUGUUGACAAAGAAGUUAAAAUGAAGAUUGAACAAUUAGGAGAUAGAAAAAGUGUCCAUGCAUUGCUUCCUAAUUAUGAUCAUGCAUUCAUUGUCACAAAUUCAGUAGGCAAACAUCUCUACAUGAAAUGUUUUCGAGAGUCUUGCAAAGUUAAAGAAUAUAGAACAAAGGAAGGUACAUUUUAUAUCGAAGAAGGCGAAGAGCAUUCACACGGAUCUAAUGAGGAGGUAAUUUUGACAAAAAUUGAGGAAAAGAAACAAAGUGAUUUGGAUAAAGCCAACAUAACCAACAAAAGUGUCCAAGAAGUGAUUAUUCAGAACAAAAAGAAGAAUAUGAGAUCUGGAAUGAAGAGUUUAUUGAACUGUUUUCGUAAGAGUAAUAAAAAUUCAACAGACAAUCUUGAUAAUGAAUAUAGUCAGGAGAAACUUAUUCCAACAAAUACAUUUUCACAUCAAGAAGAAAAUUGUAUCGAUAUUUGUCAGACACUAUCACAUACAUACAUAAUAACAUCACUUAAUUCAGAUAAAAAAUAUGAAACUUAUGCCGACAUCAAACCAAAUUUGACAGAAGGUCCGAGAAUCCCUAAAAAUGGCAAAACACAAUAUAAUGACGUCAACUCAUUUCAUACAGACGCACAUAAGAAGCCUUUAUAUACUCAAGCAGAAAAAGCAAUUAAAGCCAGGCAGCAACUAGAAGAAGAAAUGGAAAUUGAGGAAGCUAAUCAACAUAGUGCCUUACACAUUGUUUAUCAAAAGAACCAAUUAAACAAUGCUUUAUUCAAAAUUGAGAAAAAGGACAAAACAAUUGGUGGAAAGUUUAAAAAUACGUAUUCCAAAAUUGUCCUUAAAAAGUCUCAACAUCAAAGUGAAUCAAUGGCUGAGAUGAAAAAUGUUAUGAUUGAAAAUAUGAAAAAAAGUCAAGAAGCUGCAAGGAACAAACGUAACAUUACAUACAGAGACAACUAUCAUAAAGUUUAUUACAAAAAUUAA